GCGACAGUCGUGGCUUGCAGUAUAUUCGUCCUGAGUAUGGACGAAGUCACGGAAGUUACAAUGGAUUAUGGUAUGACAAUCCUAUUGGAAGAGACUUGGAACGACCCACGGCUGGCCUACGCCAAUUUCUCCUCCCUCCCCGUCAUCUCCUCAGGAAUGGGAGUGGCUGAACGAAUCUGGGUACCAGACCUGUUCUUCGCCAAUGAGAAACGGGCAAGCUUCCAUGCUGUCACUGUACAUAAUAGAUUGAUCAGGAUAUACCCCAAUGGAGAUAUAUUCUACAGUAUGAAAUUGAGUCUGGUGCUGUACUGCCACAUGGACUUCAAGGCUUUCCCGAUGGAUAAGCAGAGAUGCAAGACUGCCAUUGAAAGCUAUCAGAGUACAGAAGAUGAGCUUCUAAUUCAAUGGACGGCUGAACGUGCAGUUGUUAUGGGACCGGAGAUCAGCCUGCCGCAGUACUCAAUGGAACCGUAUAUUCCUUUUGGAACCUGCAGAAAUCGAGUAUCAACCGGACCUACUAAAGCUAACUUUUCCUGCAUAGAAUUCAGCUUCACGCUGGUUCGUGAGCUCACCUUUUACGUCAUCCAGACCUACAUCCCUACGUCAUUGCUGGUACUCAUUUCGUGGGUGUCCUUCUGGAUUGAUAUAGGACAGGCUGCAGCUCGGGUGUCGUUGGGCGUGACAACUGUCCUCACCAUGACGACGACCACCGUUGGAUACGGUGCGUUCGCCGGUCUACCUAAAGUGUCGUAUACAAAGGCUAUCGAUCUAUGGUUUGAUGCCUGUCUGUCCUUCGUGAUCGGGAGUCUCUUCGAGUAUGCCAUCGUACACUAUUUAUGGACAAGGGACAAGGCCGAGAAACAUAUACGGUGGGCUGCAUCAAGGGACUCCUUUAAAGCACCCUCACUGUACGACAAACACAAGUCACAGAACAACUGCAACUCGUACAGCAGCAGCAACCAAAAAGCACCGUCUUCCAGGGAUUACUCCGACCACGACUCAGCAGACUCACAAACAAACAGCCGCUUCGGCAGUCGAUACAACUACCAAACCAAUUACAGAACGGUGCGAAAGAACUCCUUUAACAGUCAAGACGGCGAUAUGGAGUUGGGGUACAGUAAACUUCAACAAGAGGGACUGGCAGACAGGAAACGAUCUAAGCUCUUCGCACUGCGAAUCGACAGGAUGUCAAGAGUGCUUUUCCCUCUGGCAUUUGUCGCCUUUGCCGUUACAUAUUGGGUGUGUUAUUACAGAAUAUAUGUUGCUGAGCUUCCGUAAGAAUGGGGAUUGUGGUUGCGUUCAGACAGGGUUGCCUGCCAUUCAUAUACUCUUUGUGUGAACUGAAUAUUGAAGGUGUUUGGCUUCAGUCGUUUACCUCGACGUUGCUGUUGAGAAGAAGGCCUGUCCCAAUGCAAGUCCGAGACAAACUUAGGCUAGGCGGCUACAGCUUACGGCUAUGUAUGUUGCUAAGGAUUUACCAUCAACGCAUGAUGACGCGGAAAUCUAGGCGUAGCCGUACGGUAGCCGCAAAUACUGACAGAUUCUCACCUCAUUGUACAAUGUCGUGACACUACGGGUGAAUGGGUACCUGUGAGGGCAGAUAUGGUUCUCAGUGUCAUUGGUUUAGUAGAGUAACGCAUUUAUUGCGCACAUGGUUCGACUCCCCAGAGAGCUGAGAUGGUCUAAGGAGUGAUUUGUUAAAAAUUUCGGAAGCGCUUUGAGACAACCCUCGGGCGCGAAAAGCACUAAAAGACAGCCAUAUUUGUUCCCUGGGUCGCUCUAUGCAACCAUGGUGUCCCGAUUGUUUAAACAAUGAGAGCAAAAUUCUUACUUCAGCACCAUUGUUUAAGCUGUGGCGUUAAUGGUUACUGCUCAAACCCACCUUAUUAUUGUAUGGUACUAAACUAGGUCACUAAUAAGAUACCCGUACUGGUGACGUCACGAUUUGUUUACUGCAUUGCCCGAGUGCUGAGUGGCCACAUUUCCAACAGAGACACAAUGGUUUCCCAUUCUUCUGCAAACAAUGGUAACGAAAACUGUGACGUCAUCACUAAAGGUAUAUUGCAGUACUUAAUAUAUCCUCCACACGGUUACUUCGUGUCCUGAUUGUUUCCCUUCAAAAAUUAAUGUUCAGUUGUCCCGCCAAAUUGGCAUGCACACUUUUUUUCCUCGUGUUAUUGCAGUUUCUUAAUAUUACGUCAGUAAUUUGUUGUGCAGAAAACAAAUAUUUUUCUAAAAUGCAGUAUUUACAAUUUUGAUGCUGGACGUUUUUGUCAUUUACAAACGGUAGUUUACUUGCAUAAUACACGACAAGUUUGGUCGACUCGUCGUUUUGACUUGGGUGGACUUUGGUACAAGUUCUUUGACUUUGAGUACGUUCUUAAAUAAGUAGCUCUUGAAACCCUCUUUCAUAUGUACUCCUUCAUAUUGCUUUGACUAUUUCGGUAAAAUAUUGUACAUUUCUCGUUUCAAGCCAGGCGUUCAUAAACACAAAAACGGAAAAUAGUUAGUUUAGUAGAGCUCGAUGAAAAAACAGUAGGAAAAUGCAAACACAAACUGCAGUUGGCAAUAUUAGUGUCCCACCACUAAUAAGGGUCCACCCCAAUCCCGUACCUCCAAUGUAUUUUAAUUUAUUGUCGCCCAACAGCACAACUUUAUCAAACACAAAGGGGAUUUUUGCCAGGCCGACAAAAUGGCCGACAUUGGGCAAACCGGAACUAAAAUUGACCCAAGAUUAUUGUUGUUGAUGUUGUUGUUGUAGUGUUUUUUUUCUUUUGUGGUUUUGUGAGAGUUUUGUGUCUGUUUGCGUUUUUUUUCCCUUUUUUUUUUUUUGGGGGGGAGGGGUGUCAAUGAUUAUGUCUUGAACCUAAGCGGGAAAACAUUUUUGUAACACGUGACAUUGACUGUGAAUGACAUUGACACAAUCACCAUGAAAUAUGCACGACAGUGAAAACCUGGAAAAGAACCGCAGAUUUUUGUAGUAGAAAGAACAAAACUAAUUCAAAGUUAAAGUUAUGCUUUAUGCAGUUGUGAGAUUUUGAGUUUGAGCUGCUCACCAUAGUUUGUGUAUUCGUGGCAAAUUAUAAAAACAUUGCAAAGAAGUAACAUUAGACAAUGAUUGGUAUUUUUUUCCAGAACAAUUUAAGUAACGCAUUACAAGUGUAAAGCCAAGUGCAUGUCAGGAACACUGCAUGUUAAGCUUUUGAAUAGGCCUUGAAUCCUUCUUCAAUACUUGCUGUGAACGCUUCUGGUGCAGACAACAUUUUUAGAAACUGAUGGUUAACAUUUAAAAUUCACUUAUUUUCAUUGUUGCAACUGGUGCCCAACUCAUUUGUUGCUAAGCAAAGAAAUUUGCUAAGCAGCAUUAUUAUCUUAUGCUU